AGAGGUGUUCGGAGACCACGGGGUUACUAAUCUGUCACGUAGGAACAUAUUGCAGAACUCAACCUUGAGAAGAACGGCGAUUAUUGAAAACAUCACCAGCCUGUUACAAACGAAUGAACGCCCAACAUGGCAGAACGACAAGCAUCCAACGAGGCCUCAUGGACCAACACGGUCUACGAUCUCAACCGCGGCGACAUUGACGUCGAGCGUGAGCGCCUGGCUGACAACCACUUCAAAGUCUGGCUGCCCCUAACCGUCGACCUCCUCCCUCCGCACAUCCUCUCGCAUCUCAAAGACGAGGACAGAGACUGGGCGCCUCGAAUUGCAGAUGUAGCAACGGGAAGCGGCGUCUGGCUGACAUCCCUUGCCCAAAUCGUCCCACAGGGCUCGGAGCUCUACGGCUUCGAUCUCGACGGGCUCAAACUGCCUCAGUCGCAUAGAUCAGAAGUGUCGUUUGAUUUCAUGGAGCACGACGUCCUUGAGCCGUUUCCGGCAGAGCUCAGGGGCACUUUCGACCUCGUCCAUGUAAGACUACUCGCGCUGGGGCUGAAGAAGGACGACUGGGACGUCGCUGUCACGAACAUGCGCGAGUUGCUCGUGCCGGGCGGCUGGCUUCUCUGGGAGGAUAUGAGUGACCUGUUCAUCAGGUUCUAUCCGCUGAGCAGGGCGUAUGAGGAGUUCUGGUGGGUUACUAUGCAGCAUGAUGCGAAGGUAGGGAGGGACAGAUUAAUGCCGAUGGGCCUGCUCAAAAAGUUUCAGAAGCUUCGGUUUCAAACUUGCGAGCAAAAGAUUUUCAACUCGUGGGCUGCAGAUGAUCCCGUUCGAGAAGAAGCUACCACGGGCAUCAUGCGUCUGAUAAGACCUUCGUUGGCGUCCAUAGUUGAAGACGGUGGGGAGGAGACGGUCCAAACGAUGGAGGAUGUCAGUCGCAUUGAGACAGAAUUGAAGCGUGAUGUGGAAGAAAAGGGGUGUCGAGUUGGCUUCAAUUUCGUGUGGAACUGGGGACAGCGAGCUCGAUGAGGUUGGAUCUAUCUCACGAUCUUACACUCACCUGGUAAAGAGAGGCUACUCCAUCAUCUCGUAUCUACUUGCCUCAUCUUUGGUACGCUACAAGGAUGCCUCAGGUCAACAAACGAAAAGCCCCCACGGCCUUUGAAAUAUUGAGGCGCACAGUGCCUCUGAAUACUGCACAUUACUUUUCUAGCCACAAGGUCUGUUUGAUAGGAAUAUGCAAGGAACCGAACACACCGCAGACUUUGACUACUUCAGACGACUACUUAUCACAACCUACAAUCAACAAUUCAUUUAGUUUUCUACAAUCAAAAAUACCACACCACUGCUAAUCGAAUCCAUUCAUCCCGCCCCUUGAAGCAC